GAAGGCGGGGCCAGGCGCGACCAGCGAGUGGAAGAGACCCGUCUUCUGUGUGAGGCGCCGAGACCGACUGGCAGUGAAUCCGGGUUCAGGCGCUGCUCAAAGCCCAGAAUUCGCGAGAACGUCAAACCAAACCGAAAGACUUGGGACUCGCGAGCUACCGCCGUUGCGGUUGCCGCUGCUUCAGUGACCUGAGACUCCGCUGUCUACGCCGCUGCGGGAGGACGCGGCCUGAGAGGCCUCUAGGCCUAGGCGCGGCCAGUAGACCCCGACGUGUAGCUGCCGUGAGUAAAACGAACGCCCUCUGCACAGUCGUUUACAAAUUAAAAUGGAGGAAAUUUCUUUGGCUAACCUGGAUACUAACAAGCUAGAGGCCAUCGCUCAGGAGAUAUACGUAGACCUGAUAGAGGAUUCCUGUUUGGGAUUCUGCUUUGAGGUGCACCGGGCAGUCAAAUGUGGCUACUUCUACCUGGAAUUCGCAGAGACUGGUAGCGUGAAGGAUUUUGGCAUUCAGCCAGUGGAAGACAAAGGAGCAUGCCGCCUCCCGCUCUGCUCCCUUCCUGGAGAACCAGGGAAUGGGCCUGAUCAGCAGCUGCAGCGCUCUCCUCCAGAAUUCCAGUAGGUGCAAGAUGAGAGAGUCUGGGAGUGACCAGGACAAUAAUAUAGACUGGUUCUGUGGCUUGAAGGAGUAAGCUAAGUAAUAAAGGGGGAAAAAAAAAUCAGACAAAAAGCCUCAAUAUUCCUUUGAAGAUCCUAGAUUUAAAAAAUCUAAAAUGGAGAACUUUGAGAUUCAGAAGCUUUUUUAAAAUUUAGGGCCAGUUCUGAUAGCCUGGGCAGGAGAAAGUGCACAACCUGGGGAUCGCUUAAACACCACCUGAACAUACACAAGAUCCCUGUACUGCCCUCAGUGCACAUGUGAGCAUCUGUGUGCCCAGCAUAUAAAGUCCUAUUGUUCUUCAGACUGUCUGCUUGAUGUCAGGGGCUUCCUGGACAGUGGACUUUACUGAUGAUCAGGCCGUAAAUUGGCAUCAGUGGGACUGCUGCCUCUAACUUGGGAUUUUCAGAUACAAAUGGAAUUCAGGUAUGAGAUCCGGAUACUAAUAGUAUCAAUUUGAAACAACCAAGAAAAAAUUCCCAGUUGAAUUUGGUAGGGAACCUCUGUGGCCUUGACUGCAAGAAGAAAUGCUCAGAAUCUCCUGUUCUCCAAAGGUCCAGGAUUUGCAAUGUUUUCAACAGAUUGGGGACAAGGCCUAAACUUUGGUUGAGCAGAGACUUCCUUUUCCUCCCACUCAGCGAUAUAAGAUUGGUAUAGAAAAAGUUGUUUGUUCAACAGGCUGAGGAUUCAGUUGUGAUUCUGUGGAAAGGCAGUAGGGACCUCUGCAGCUAUGGUAUGCACCUUCUCAGACUUGAAGAUUUGUAUCGGGACAUAUUAUCCCAUGGACAUAAGCUUAGUAGGGGCAUAUGUUUCCUACUCUGAGUUACUGGUUACUUAGUCCAUGGGUCCAACUUGGUCAUUAUGUCAGGUCAUUACUCCGGGGACAGAAAUAUAGAAGAUACGAUAUCCGUGCAGGAGUCAGCUGUUUGGAAACUGAGCUUGGAAAGAAUCUCUUCCAGCUGCCCUUAAUAAUGUGAAUGAGUUAGUGCUAACCAAGGAGCAGAAGUGGCUCAUCUCUUACCUGUGUGUGCAGAAUCCUGUUACAUGCCCCUGUUCCUUUAGUUGAACAGUCAGGGCUCUGCUAUGAUGAAUAUCCAGACUCCCCACCACAUUCUCUGCCCCUCAUAAGGAGCAAUCCUUUCCACUUGGUCCCCUGUGGACUCUCUUGACAGCAAGACCUGUCCGUUUUUGUUUUGGGAAGUAAGAAAGAGACCUCCAUAAUCCGCUGGCUUUAGGGAAUGGGAUACAGGAGGAUGGAAAGCUAGAGUUGCAUAUCAAAACUGCCCUCUACUUUACUCCCCGAGUAAGAGUUUAUAAAGUGUAGUUGGGUGGGAGUCCUGAGGUGAACAGAACGGUGCUGCUUUAUUUGAAAUGUUUUCUUACCUCAUUCUAUGCCCCAGCAAGGGGCCCCACCUCCACUGGCUUGGCCCUAUGUUCCUGUCCACUGCUCCAUUGCCUAUCUGGUGCAGCUUAUGACUCCAGGUGCUUCUUGCCACUCAAGCUUUCACCUUGACCAGUUUCAGUUCAUCUCUCUUAAUGCUUCUGAAGUCUGCCCAAUUUAUCUUCCUUGGCUUCUGUAAAGUUUGUAUGUUUUUUUUUCCUGUUUUUUGUGGAGAAUCUUUCUUACGGCUCCCUUGUUUGGAUUAGAAUGGGAAGAAUUUAGGAAUUUUGUAUUUACCAGAAAGUGUCCUGCCUAAGCAUUUCUCUGUAUGACUGCCUUGCUAGUAGGUCCUCCCGAUUUGUUUUCAUGAAUUUUAUCGCAUCUCCUUUGGAAUGCUGCCUCUUGGGAGCUAAGUAGAACAGUGAAGGCUGACGCAUACAGGGAUGGAAUUGGUCGAUCCACUUUCUCUUACCUUUGCUGUGUACGUAUCUUUUUUAUCCCAGAAGGAAAUAUUUGGACUCUGGGAUGAUUUGGAUUACAUAUUUUAGAGAGUUAAGGAAACAAGAGCAAUUGGACCUUGAGACUAUAUUGCCUUCUUCCUGUAGGCUUGUCCUAAUUAGGAUUAGGUCCUCAUUGCAGAUUGAUCUUCAGUCUAAGAGUUGUGGGAACUUUUCAAAAAAAUCAAAUCUUGGCAGAAAUAUUUUGGAAUUAUUUUUGCCCUGGACUUUAAUGAUAUCUCCUAAGAAAAUCCAGAAGAAAACGUUUAAGUGAACUUUGGCCUACUUCCAAAUAUUUUAGAAAGGA